GAGGAGAGCCAUCCUAGGGUCCCGCUCGUGCGCGUUCCCAGCGACCGGGUAUGGCGGCCGGCGUGUGGCGAGGAGGCGGGUCGCGACUGCGGCUACUCUCCUCGCUCAUGAAGCCGGGGAUCCCCGUCCCCUGGGCCCAGCUAGCGGCCGCGUUCAGCACCUCAGUAAGUUCUGGCAAAGUAGCUGUGAAUGGUGUUCACCUGCAUUACCAGCGGACCGGAGAGGGCGAGCACCCAGUCCUGCUGCUUCCUGGGAUGCUGGGAAGUGGAGAGACAGAUUUUGGACCCCAACUUAAAAGCCUCAGCAAGAAGCUCUUCACCGUGGUUGCCUGGGACCCUCGAGGAUAUGGGCAUUCCAGGCCCCCAGACCGAGAUUUCCCGGUGGACUUUUAUGAACGAGAUGCAAAAGAUGCGGUGGAUUUGAUGAAGGCGCUGAACUUUAAGAAGGUCUCCCUGCUGGGGUGGAGUGGCGGCGGCCUGACCGCGCUCAUCGCUGCUGCCAAAUACCCGGCCCACAUCAGCAAGAUGGUGAUUUGGGGGGCAAUCGCCUACAUUACUGAUGAGGAUCAAAGGAUCUAUGAGGGUAUCCGAGAUGUUUCUAAAUGGAGUGAGAAGGCGAGGAAGCCUCUAGAAGCCCUGUAUGGGUAUGACUACUUUGCCAAAACCUGUGCAAAGUGGGUGGAUGGCAUGCAACAGUUUAAACAUCUAGAUGGUAACAUCUGUCGGCACCUGCUGCCCCAGGUCCAGUGCCCCACGCUCAUUGUGCACGGAGAGAAGGACCCUCUGGUCCCACGUUUUCAUGCUGACUUCCUGCACAAGCACGUGCGAGGGUCACAGGACCUCCAAAUGAUGCCAACAGUCUGUCUUCCUUUUAUAUCCCCCUCCCCAUGGCUGAGUUGCCAGAGGCCUGGCCAGCAUCUUGCAAAGACAGCUCCCCUCCUCACAAGUCCUCCCUGGUCCCACUGAGGUUCUGAGAGCCGCCACUCUGGGUUGCAUCUGAUGCCAGAAGGGAAACACAACCUGCAUUUACGUUUUGCAAAUGAGUUCAACAAGUUAGCAGAAGACUUCCUGCAGUGAAAGCGGCUCUAAGAACUCGUGUCUCGGUGCAUCCUGCUUGGAGCUCGAUCAUGUUGCUUCCAGCUACAGUGUCCUUGAGCUGCCUUCCCUACAUCACAGCUGCAUGCAAUUGCAUUUCCAGGUUCCUAAUCCCUCCCUACAGUGUGACCCUAAUCAUGAUGCCGUGAAGACAGCCUCGGGCCUUCACAGCUUACAAAGCCGAAUCUGAUCUCGUAGCAUUGAGUUUCUAUCAUUGUCUAAAAAAAUAAAUUGCUACCGUAAUGUCUUUCCAAAUAAAACUUAGGUGACACAUUUGUAGUGUUCAUA